AUGAUACCGGUCUCUUUGAAACAGAUGGCGAUCGUGGUUGAAAUGGCUGCCACCCAAGUGCUCUGCAAAUCGUUCGCCUCAGUACUGACCACCACUACUGACAAAGCGUUCCCUGACCAACCUGUACUUUAUCGUACAAGACAAUGCCAGCCAGUACUGCUAUGGACACCAGUACGUCAGCUCGUCCAACCACUCCGGCUACCGCUUCGCAGUGAAUCGGAUGAACCGCAAAUAGGAGUGCGGUGA